GCAGUGCCACACCUCCGAGCUCCGUUACCGCAGCAGCAGCAGGAGCAGCGGUGGUGUGAUCAUGUGACGCCUGCAUUUCCGACACAACAAUACAACACCGUAUUGGUCUGCAUUCACUCCCCCCCACGCCUGGCUCUCGGUAUGGCGGACGGCGAGAGGUCCCCGUUACUAUCAGAUCUGGGAGAUGGUGCUCUUGGCAGUGGUAACGGCGGGGUGUCUCCCGGCGCAGCGCCCUACGGUGUGCCCAACAAGCCACAGAGCUUCCCUCCGUUCCCCAGCCCUGAUCAGCCCUCGGUGCUCCUUGGGGAGGACCCUCCACCCUACUCCCCUCUCACGUCCCCAGAGAGUGGCAGUGCACCUGUCAUCAGCUGCAGGGUGUGUCAGAGCCUGAUCUCUGUGGAGGGAAAGAUCCACCAGCAUGUUGUGAAGUGCGGGGUUUGCAAUGAAGCUACGCCCAUUAAGAAUGCCCCAGCAGGGAAGAAGUAUGUCCGCUGCCCCUGCAACUGUCUGCUCAUCUGCAAAGUUACUUCCCAGAGGAUCGCCUGUCCUCGGCCAUAUUGUAAGAGGAUAAUUAAUCUGGGUCCAGUUCAUCCUGGUCCGGCCAGUCCUGACCCCCAGCCAUCCGGGGCCCGAGUCUCCUGUGGACACUGCAGCAACACCUUCCUGUGGACAGAGUUCACAGACCGGACGCUGGCCAGGUGCCCACACUGCAGGAAAGUCUCCUCCAUUGGUCAGAGGUAUCCCCGGAGGCGGAGCUUGUGGUGUUUUCUACUCUGCUUGCUAUUCAGCAUCUCCGCUGCCGGGCUGAUGGCUGGAACGUGGACGAAGGCUCAGACCUACCAGGCGAUCUACGCUUCGUGGGCCGCGCUGCUGCUCCUGGUUCUCGUCACCUUGGUCCGGGCCUUCUACUGGGCCUGCAUGAGGGUCAGCCAGCCCCUCCAGAACUUCACAUAGAGCCCCCUCCAACCCUGCCGCUCCCUCUUCCCAACCCGCCAGGCCGGAGGAGAAGAUGGCUUAAAAGAAAAACACACACACACUAUAAAACAGAAUAUUUAUUUAAACCCAACCCCAGAAAGAGAAAGUUCUCCUCCUCCUGUCCCCUCCCUUUUAGUCAAAUGUGUUUCUAAAACUGGAUGGCGGUGGCUGCAACUGCUAUAUAUCGGUAUAUACGGUAACUAUGAUGAUGCGUGUAGCCUAAUGUACUGUUUAUCUGUUCUAAUCUCGUGGCAAGGGUGGGGUUCGUUUUAACACUGUAACAAUUCUAACAAUUUUUUCGUCUUCUCUUUCCCCCCCUGCGCUGUUUAUACAUUUCGGCUUCAGUCUGUGGCACAUCGGUUGCACUCUCGCAACUUGUAAGAUGUGAAUAUUGCCCUUGUUUUUGUUCAGUGGGGGGCGCUCCCUCUUCAAUCCUAAUUUGAUGUUAGGUUUAGUAUUAUUUGAACAUUUAA